AUGCGCAUCUCCCCGACGAGACUGACCACAAACCCAAAAGUCUCAGUGUCGCCCCUGCUUUCAUCCCUAAUUUUGCAAACCCCCUUCGCCCAGCGGCCCCAGUCCCGUUUCAGGGGCAGAUUUUUGCACACUCACACCAUGGCCACCGACUCACCCGACCUCGGAGUUAGGAAUGGAAAACCGACGUACCAGCCGAGAUAUAUUGAUAUUGGAAUCAACUUGGCAGACCCCAUCUUCCGUGGUCGCUACGGCGGCAAACAACGUCACCCGGACGACCUAGUCGCCGUUGUCCAGCGCGCCAAGGAUGUCGGCUGCACCAAGCUCAUAGUCACGGGCUCGAGCUUCAGGAGCUCCAGAGACGCCCUGAAGCUCACAAAGGAGUUCCCCGGCACCGUCUACUCCACGGCGGGCGUCCACCCGUGCAGCAGCGCCAUCUUUGGCGCCACCCACCCUCACCACCACGAGGCUGAGGACGAGGAGCACACGGCGGCUUGCGAUCCGGAUCCGGAGAAGCCCGUGUCCGCUGACGAUGAGGGAACCCCCGAUCUGCAAAAGACGAAGCAGAUCGUCGCGGACCUCGACGCCCUAGUCCGCUCGGCUGGCCCGGGACUGGUCGCCUUUGGCGAAUUCGGCCUCGACUACGACAGGCUGCACUACUGCCCCAAGAAGUUGCAACUGCACUCCUUUUCGCACCAGCUCGACCUGGUCGUCGCGCUGCAGAAGGAUAAGCUUGAGCUUCCUCUCUUCCUGCACUCACGGGCUGCGCACACUGAUUUUGUCUCCCUGCUCAAGGAAAAGUUCGGAAACGACCUGGCAGGUCUCGCGCGCGGUGGCGUUGUGCACAGCUUUACCGGCACGGCGGAGGAAGCGCGGGAGCUCAUGGACCUGGGGCUGUACAUUGGUAUCAACGGGUGCAGCUUCAAGACGGCGGAGAAUUGCGACGUGGUUCGUGAGAUUAGGCUGGACAGGAUCAUGAUCGAGACCGACGGGCCGUGGUGUGAGGUCCGACCCAGCCAUGAGGGCUGGAAGUAUUUGGUGGAGGAUGCAAAACGAAAAGCAGCAGAAGAUGAGCAGGCGGCGGCCGCCGCCACUGCUGUUGCUACUUCUGCCGUCGCUGACGCUGCUGCGGCCACUGCAACGAGGGGGCAAGGAAACUCGCAAUCCUCCGCGACGGACACGCCAACAGAGUCAGCAAACGGGGACGCAAAACAAACAAGACAGAAGAAGCCAAAGCAACAGCAGCAACCUAGCAAAAAGGGGCAGAAGAAACCAUCCGAGGUACCUGAACGUUUCAAGUCAGUAAAAAAGGAAAAGUGGGAGGAGGGUUGCAUGGUGAAGAGCCGCAACGAGCCGUGUACCAUUGAGAGGAUAGCAACGAUCGUGGCGGGAAUCAAGGGCGUUUCUGUUGAGGAGGUUGCAGAAGCUGCCUGGGCCAACACAAUCAAGGUGUUUAAAGUAGAUGCAUAG